GGCCAAUCCCCAUUCCCUCCGACAUCGAAUCCGACAUAGAUACUACCGAUGGUAGCGAUGCCGAGCAGGAUGACGGCGGACAGUCGGACUCUUCACUUGCGUCGAUGAGCACGUUAUUAGCGCAGGCGAAGUCACGGCGGGGUAAUGCCAUCAGACGAGCCUAGAUCCCUUGUUCGAGGCCCCCGAUUCUAUGCAUCCGCAAGCUCCGCCCACACAUGGUCAAGCUAGUGAGAACAUUCGUAUAGAUGGAGAGUGUUUACCCUGGUCGUCCUCACGAUCGUCUGCGGUGCCUUUUAUACCCCAAGAGCACGACGCUGGCCAGAGCUGCGAAUCCAGGAGCAGGAGCAGCCCAGGCAGCGAUGGUCUAGACUGCUCAGAUGACGCCGCACCGACCUCCAGCAGCUGUCCCAAGGCGCCGGAAGCCUGUUCUCCAUUGUCAAGUUCGUGGAGUGUGCUGCAGGGGCAAGGCACGGAGAUGGCAACCGGCACGCCUUGCGAGAACGAGGCUGCGUCACCCAAGCACGCGACCGGCACAUCACGUCGCAGGUCAGAGAGACCGCGGCGAGCCUCUAAGCGGAAUGCGAGGAGUAUUGGCGGCUACGCGACCUCGAACCCCGAUACCACCGCUGACUCCAAUUCAGACAACGACACGGGCGCCAGCACCGGGUCUCACGACAAGACCCGCAGCGAUGACGAAUCUUAUCCCUCGCCGGGUCGAGGGGAGGGUGAACAGGGAGCUGGUAGCGGAGUUGAUGAGGCCGACGAUGAGUCGGAUUCACCUCCAACCAAACGCCGCAAGCAAUCCCAAGCUCCGACCAGCACCAGGCGGAAGCGCGGGCGCGCGGCUCUGUCGGUCGGCACAGAUGUCGCCAACUCACCGGCACGAGCCGGGACAUGUCGGUCAGCCUGCGGGGUACCGAGCCCGCCAUCAUCGCACUAUUCCUCUCGGAGCAGCCCUCCCAGCCAUACAGGCGCGAAGUUCCAGGAGUGGUUCCUGCCAAACGCGAAGCUUAAACGCAUCACGUUUGGUGGCGGCCGGACGACUUUCCAGUUGCAAUUUGAUUGGGAUCCGCACGUGGAUGGACGACGAGCAGACUCUCCCAGUAGCAACGGGCUUCGAGCUCCGACGUCAAGGAAGGGCGUACGGCCCAGGGGAGACGCAGCCUCAAGCACCGCUUACACGCGGGCCGAGAAUGAAUUUAUUAUCAGGUUAAAAGAAGGCCAGGGUCGGCGGAGCUGGGCGACAAUCCAUCGGGAAUUCAACGAUAAGUUUCCGGUGCAGCGAACGAAGGGGAGUCUCCAGGUACACUACUGCACGAAGUUGAAGGACCGCACGGCAUCUUAAUGUCCGGGCUGGCUGGCCACCCUGGCGUGCUCGUGUGCAGGAUUCACCGUCAGUCAUUUAAAUGGUAGCUCAGUUAUCCAGUUUACCUUACACCAAUGAACUCAUUCGUUGGAAUGCCUCGCAAGCACAGAUUACCCUUC